AUUUCUUUUCACGCGUUCACACCAAUUUCUAUAGAUUGGAACAUGAGCCACUCGAUGACCAUGCAGGAGGUAUUGCUGGCAAAAGAAUGGGCCAGACUCGUGAGAAGAGUUCCUUUAAAACAACCUUUGCAGACUACGGCCAAAACUGAUUGUGAGGAGAAGUGGGAUAUUCUAAUUCACAGCCGUCAAUUUUGCUCUAGCACUUCCCUCCACGGGGUCCAGUACUUUGGGGAACCGGGCAGGAAUAUUUUUGAAAGGAUUUUCUGGCUUGGAGCUUUUGUCUUGGCCAUGGUGACUGCGGCUUUUUUAAUUUUCGAUCUGUACAAAACCUGGGACGCAAAUCCAGUGAUCGUUUCUUUCUCGGCUUCCUCAACGCCAAUAACAGACAUUCCGUUCCCGGCCAUCACCAUUUGCAACAUGAACAACGCCAGGAGAUCAGUUGCUGAAUCAAUUCUGUCCCCAUCUGCUGAUCACCAAACGGUUGAUGUAGAGAGAGUCCUUUUAAACGACGUGUGCAACAUGAGCUUAUUCCCGGAGGGCCCUCGCAAUUCAACAAGCAGAAAAAAACCAAUAAAAAUCUCUCCACAGUGGGAUGACUUUCGCGAUUUCAUGAUAAAAGUGAACGAGCCAUGCCACGAGCUGCUGCUGAAGUGUCAGUGGUCAGGUGAGACGUUCUCUUGUUCCGACCUUUUCAACUCUGCGUUAACCGACGAGGGCCUCUGUUGCGUUUUCAACCGGGUACCUCGCGACCUACUUUUCCGCAACCCUGAUGAUCUCCCUGACCUGAACAUUACUUUUCCCUUCUCCGCAUUCGACUGGAGCCCUGAGAAACAAUAUCCAUUCAACACGUCGAGGAAAACUUUACCCUGGCGACCUGAGGGGGCAGGAAAACACCUUGGCCUCACGAUAAUUCUUGACCUGGAGCUGCACGAGUACUUCUGCUCCUCCACUGCCUCUGCUGGGCUUAAAAUGCUUUUGCACAAUCCCGUGGAGUCGCCGAAAAUGUCCAGCUUUGGGGCUGCAAUAUCGCCCGGCAAAGAGAAUUUCGUAGUGAUUCGCCCCGAACUCACUCGCUCGACCGGCAAGAUUGAACCUACCAAAGUCAACAAGCGGCACUGCUUCUUUUUGCACGAGCGCUCCCUUCGCUUCUACCGCACUUACACCAAGCACAAUUGCGCGAUGGAGUGCGAGGCAAAUUACACACUGGCAAAGUGCGGCUGCGUUGAAUACUUCAUGCCGAAGGACAAGAAUACGCGGAUUUGCGACAGGGACGAUGAUGAGUGCGCCGUCACUGCUAGUGCUGAUGUGGAAUUGCACCUUUUGGAUGAUGGACGUAAAUACAAGAAAACAACAAGCAAUGCAAAUCCCAGCUGCCAUUGCUUGCCUGGUUGCCACGAACUCACUUAUGCGGCCGAAACCUCAAGCUCAACACUGGUCGACACAUUUCCAGCAAACAAAAAAUACGACAUCACCAGCUCGAAAAUCAACAACAUCACUUAUUUUAAGGACAAUGUUGUCAUCAUGCAUUUUUUCUUCAUGGACAUGCAAGUGGUCAGCUACGAAAAGGAUGAACGCACAAACUUCGUUAAUUUCCUUGCAAGCACCGGCGGCCUCCUCGGCUUGUUCCAUGGUUUCAGCGUCCUGAGUGCUGUAGAAGUGCUAUACUUCCUCACCAUCCGCCUACUUUGCUCUUGGCGAAAACACGCCGGUAAAAACAACCACGUUGCAGCCGGCGAAAAAGUGGAAAAACUGGUUCCCAUCAGCACGACUCCAUCGUAUUUUCCAUAAGGGCUUGAGGGAAAACGCGGCGUGAUCAGAAAAUUUAAAAAAAAUGUUCACUCACACGUUGUUAGAGGAGAUAAUAUGCAUUGUUUCACGUAGGCGUCUCUUUAAAAGCCGACACCCGAGUGCCUUCGAAGAAGUUGCACGUGUGUAAUCCCUUUGUCGAGAGAGGUAUUAGAGAAGCAAUAAAUUGUCACCACUCAAUUAAUUGUGUUAAUAAGAGCUGCACAUGUAUGGCGAAACAAGCUGCUGUGUUUGUAUCUGGUUCACUACGAGCUUUAUGUGAUCAUUUAAAGGUGCUUUGCCGAGAUGGAGAGAUGAGAUAAUUUUAUUAUAUUCUUAGCUGAGCGAUGGUGGAGUUUCUCAGACUCGGUUCUUGCGCUUGAAUGCCAUAUCUAGAUUAGUUUAAUCCGAUUUGUAACAAGAUAUAGCAAUGGUCGCCGAGGUAUAUCUAAUCUCAAAACCACGUAUCGCUGUAGUUUGCAGGGCUUUAAAUUUUUUAUAAAUUUAAAUUAUAUUUUUGCGAAGAGGGUGUGAUAAUAUU